UUAAUAUUUUGACCGAUUUAGGUUAAUCAAAUUUGAGAAGUGGUGAGUUUUGAUGUCAGUCUCAAAUAUCAAGGAAAUUAAAACAAAUAGCCCAUUACCUCCUCCAAAAGAAUCAUAGAAGUUAUUACUUAACAAAGCUAUAGGUAUUAAAUAAUUGCGCCUGAAAUUUUAACAUAACGAGACAGCGCCACCUGUUGGACACACAGCCAAUUUUAAUUUUUGUUCACCUACCAGGUGUAAAAGUCUAUCUAUCUAUCUAUCUAUCUAUCUAUCUAUCUAUCUAUCUAUCUAUCUAUCUAUCUAUCUAUCUAUCUAUCUAUCUAUCUAUCUAUCAGUGCUAAGUCAAUUAGCCGUUAGGAGUUCCGUUCGCGCUCGGACGAGCGUUACGUCCAACUAAGCUGUGUUUUUAGCCAGAUGUAUAAAUCAAGGGGCAUAUUCAAAAUAUAUCUUAGUGAAAGCUUCCUGAGCAAACAGCCCAUGAAGUGUUUUGCCCGAUUGACAUGGCUCCGCGGUGACAGCUGGCCUGUUUUUACACGUUCCUUCUAAAUAAGGAAGCGGCCCGCCAGGCAUAUGACCGCCGGUCCAAUUUGGGAGCUGCCAACAAAGCCCAUCACGCCCCAUGUUCUCACUCUCGCGCUCGCUCUCCCCGGGGCCGCUCGCGUGGGUUGAGAGCGAUUGGAUUCUGACGUUCGGACUGACCCCCGGCGGCGGUGAGGUCAGCGUGAUGUCAUCCUGAAGGUGAGUGAUGUCAUCCCGAAGAUCUCCAGGGCAAGGUGAGCUUGCAUUUUGGUGAGUGUGAGGUGCUCCCCGUCCAGAGAGGUGAAACAUGGUAAUCAUCAUAACCGCCACCAGCUCAAGCUCUGCCGCCCUGCUCUUCUCAUCUACCGAGGGGCUUAUUGCGUUACACGCUCGCAGCCCCGACCUGCCUUCCAAAAAUAAUCCCCUGCCACCAUGCCGAAAGAAGAAAAACAAGAGUGGUAUUUUUAGGGGCAUUAAUUUUGACCACGUGCCCCGAGGGUAAACCGGAUGGCCACUGCGCAAAGGUUCCUGAUCAGUAUGUGCGAGAGCAGCGGGCGCUGGACGUGGACUGCGGUUGUUCUGCUGGGCUUUCUGCUUGGGAUCGUGUCCUCCUACCCCACCUCGAACAGGAGUAAUGCAACUUCACUGGAGAAAAGGUGGGAGACGCUCUUCUCCCGCUCCGUUUUGGGGAUCUCGGUGGAGAAAUCGGACCUGAACUGGGAGCGUGACUAUUUGCAGGGCAUUAAGAGAGUGCGGAGGCUGUACUGCAACGUGGGCAUUGGGUUUCACCUGCAGGUCCUGCCAGACGGAAGGAUAAACGGUGUCCAUAAUGAGAACCAGUACAGUCUUAUAGAAAUCUCAGCGGUAGAGAGAGGAGUGGUUAGUCUAUACGGAGUGAAAAGCAAGCUGUUUGUCGCAAUGAGCAGCCGCGGAAGGUUAUACGGAACGAGGGCCUUCCGUGACGAGUGCAAGUUCAAGGAGACACUGCUGCCCAACAAUUACAACGCAUACGAGUCUUCCAUUUACAAGGGCUUUUAUAUCGCCCUCAGCAAACACGGCCGCUUGAAGCGAGGCUACAAGGCUUCCCCAGCAAUGACCGUCACACAUUUCCUCCCACGUUUAUGAGCAAACCUGGCAAUAACAGUCAUUUGCACAUGUUUGAUGUUCUCGUAGGUAACCCAGACAUGCUAAGAGGUGAACUGCAAAGAACUAAAAGAACACAUUGUAUUUAUUCUCAUUGAAAUAAUAGUAAUAAUAAUAAUAUAUGUAUAUUUCGGUAGCUUACUUUGUGUCUGAACUUUGUGUACAUGCCAUUCUUUGCUGCUUAUGAUUUCUAUUAUGAAUAUUAUCGAGGAGCUUUUUUGCCUUCUCACUUUUUAUGGGUGCUUGCCAUAACUGGUGUAAACCUUACCCGGCACUGGACUAACAUCCUCAGCUUUUAGAAGUGAAAUGGAUACUUUUUAUUACCUCAAAGAGCCGCGUCCGCAUUGAAAAAGUUAUGGAGGGAAAAAUAAAUAUCAGUUUAGUGAGAUGAAAGCACUUGUUUUUCAUGAUUAGGUGGUGCCUUAGCCUCUGCUAUUUUGCCUCCUUUUAUGCAUGCAAGAAUGAGGUUUCUGUUCCAUAUUUAGAUCAACAACUAAAUAGUUGACUUUAUAAACGGAUUGCAUGCAUCCUUAUUGGGGGUUCAGAUAAGAGAGGGCUAUUUUACGCCUCAUGCAAGCUCAGAAUUUGACUGAAAGUCUAUGGACGGCUAGUCCUGAAAGUUUUGGGUGCUUCCAUUUGAAUGAACGCUGAUCAAGCUUGUGAAAUGCAUAGAAUUGCAUUAAUCUUGAAUUAUGUGGCUCGAUUAUACGAUAGCAUAACUGUUGCUUAGUGAUAAUAAAACCGCUCAUUUUACAUAUCAGAUUAAAUAUAGUGUGCGAUUAAACUUUUUAUUUGAUUUUUAUCAUAGAUACGUAUUGAUACUAGUCAGUGGUGUCUAUGUUUUACCUCUACAGUCAGUGAUCUCCAGUGAGGGCUCAUUCAACAACAUGUUGACUGCAUACUUGAACCCCCACCUCAAAAAGUCUUUGGAAUGUAAAAACCAAUACAACCGUCUUAAUCUGUUUGAGAUAACAUAAUAUUUGCAUUACUUUAUGUUUGAAUAUCACCUGUGCACACUCUUAAAUAAGUCAAUUGACUUUGUCUAGGGUAUUUGGUUCAAGUCGCACUUGAAAUUGAAAUGAACUUUGGCGUUUGUAGGCAUUCCCCAUCCCAUGCCCCACUUUUUCUAAUUAUAGAAUUACAGGAAUAGUUCACCGAAAAAAGGCAAUGUUUAUAAUUUUGGAUAAAUUUAGCAUUACAUUACUUGCUUACCAAUCGAUCCUCUGCAGUGAAUGGGUGCCGUCAGAAUCAGAAUCCAAACAGAUGAUAAAAAUAUCAUAAUAAUCCACAAGACUCCAGUCCAUCCGUCUUGUAAAGUUAGAGAAAUACGCAGAGAUCAAGCACUGUUUACAGGCAAACAUAGUUCUAAACAAAUAUGUUGGGGGAUUUAUUUCAAACACGCAGCUUUUCACUUCACAAGACAUUAAUUGAUAGACUGGAGAAAUAUGGAUUACCUGUAGAUUAUUGUGAUGUUUUUCUCAGAUGUAUGAAUUCACUCUGACGGCACCCGUUCACUACAGAGUAUCAAUUGGUGAGCAAGUGAUAUAAUGCUAAAUUUCAACAAAUCUGUUAAAAAUAGAUGGCCUGAUAGUAAGUUAAACUAUUCCUUUAAGGAAACAACAAACUCCUUUAAAGUCAAAUAUUAUUUCAUUAUUUGUAGAAUAUUCGGUUAAAGACUGAGGCUCUCAUCUUUCAGAGAAAAUCUGGUCAUUUCCAUCUUCGUUUUUGUUGCGGUUGUUGCUCACAACAAUCAAGAUCUGUUUAUAUCUUUGCUUCAAUACCUCUAAAACACGUGCGAAACACUUCAUGUUAGAACACGUUGGAUUUCUGUCGCAGCUGCAAUGUGCAGGCAAGAAGAAAAGGUUUGAUAAUCAGUGCAGUACUAGCUAGCACAUAUCGACCUUGAUUUCUCUUGCAUUACUUGAUCUUAAUGCUACAAAUGAGAAGGAUGUUAUUUUUAUAACAGUUAUGGCUGGGAUCUUUGAGCCAGGUACACUGAUAAUAUGCUCAUGGAGUGUGUUUGUGAUUUUUUUUUU